AUGGAUCUCCCAAUCGGGUGCUCGAUUGAGAAUCUGAUUGCGACCCUCGAGUCUCUGAGGAAGUAUCCCGAGGACAAGGUAUCCCCAAAGCUUCAAAUCGAAGCACUCCUUUCCUCCAUUCAUUUCCAUGUGACGAAGGAGCCUAAAGAUGGCCCAUCGCCUCUGAAUAUCCAGUCUGAGCCCCGAGGCUCCUAUCUGGGGGUGUGCAACAGUCGUACUCGGGCUCGCAGUCACGGAUACCCUGAAAGUUGCUUCUGGUAUGCCAUGGAGGACAGUGCCGUCAUUUUCAUGGCCAUAUACCGUCCCCCCGCCUUCUUGCGCUCUGAAGCACUUGCAUUGGAAGCUAGAACAAUUCUCUAUGAAUGUUUUGAGAAGCGGAAGCGUCUGAAGAAAGCGACCCGCAAUACAUAUGUCAUUGCGACGGACAGUGUCCUGUUUAGAUUUUCCCGCUUGGCCUGUGAUAGAUCGGCAAGUAAACUCAGAGAAGAGCAUGGUGCUCUGAUCUACAACGCAGAAUGGGCAGGAAGAGACUACAAAGAUCUCAUUGUGAUGAUUGUAUCGAUCUUCAAGGAAGCGUUGCUCCCGCCGGAUGAACAGUCGAUAGACCCUGAUCAACGAAAGCCUACACUGGUUCCUUCCCUCACCGAUGAAGAAAUUCGGAAGCAAAAACAACGUUUGCUCGACCUGACUGUGCGAGUGGGAGUGAAAGUGUACAUGGAUGUGAUCAAGCAACUGCCCACCCCAAUGGACCCUACCCAAGAACGAAAUACCAUUAACCAGAUUCAGUGGGUGGUCAAGGUAACACUGCUCAACUAUGUGGCGGGGAUGGACAAAGGAGAACACAUGAAUUAUCAUGAUGAUCUUUCCAAGGUAGUUUGGCAGAUGUUCGACGCGAAGAUGAAGGAGACGCUCAAGAAUUUUGAGUUCAAAGACUACAGCGGCGACCGCGAGGUGCUCAAGAAAGCCAUCCGGAAAGCCGCUAUGGAGGAAAUUGCCCCCAUGCUUGGUGAAUUCUUCGAGCUAGUGCGCAACUUUGGGCUGGCGAGUGUGUUCAAGUAG